UGACGCGUCACGCGGGCGCAGUGACGCGUCACGCAGGCGGGUAGUCUGUGGUCCUUGCAGCCUCUCUCAGCCUCUCUCAGACUCAGAGGAUCCUCAGCAUGGCGUCAGAUGAACUCGCGCGGAAGCUGCAGUCCCGGCUGGUCGUCACGCAGGAGGCUGCGGAGCCGAGUCCGGAACCGAGUCCGGAGCCGAGUCCGGAACCCACACAGAGCCCGCAACGAGCAAGACCUCAGGAUCCCGAUGCCGCCUGCGGGGAGUCCGCCUCCGAGCUGUCCCUGAAACUGACCCGCAGACUGGACAUCAACCAGGGCCACGCAGCUCCACGACCCACUCGCGUGUUCAACCCGCACACCGAGUUCAAGGAGUUCUCCCGCAAACAGAUCAAAGACAUGGAGGCGAUGUUCAGGCGGUACGACACCGGUAAAGACGGCUUCAUCGACCUGAUGGAGCUGAAGCUGAUGAUGGAGAAGCUGGGAGCUCCUCAGACUCACCUGGGCCUCAAGAACAUGAUCAAAGAGGUGGACGAGGACUUUGACGGGAAGCUCAGCUUCAGAGAGUUCUUGCUGAUCUUCAGGCGAGCAGCAGCCGGGGAGCUGCAGGAGGAGAGCGGGCUGAUGGCUCUGGCUCGUCUGUCUGAGAUCAACGUCUCUGCUGAGGGAGUGAUGGGAGCCAAGGACUUCUUUGAAGCAAAGAUGAAGGUUGCGUCUCAGGGCAGUAAGUUCGAGGCAGAGAUCCGAGAGGAGAAAGAGGAGCGCCUGCGACAGGAGGUGGAGAAGAAACAGAGACAGGCUGCGUUCAAGCAGCUGCAGUCCACGUUCUGCUCGUGACCCGCUCGCAGCCCGAGUCCGGCCCUGACCCGCUGAGUCAGAGUUAGAGGUUAAAACUAGCUUCACUUUAUGUAACACGCUCCCACCAUCCAGCACUUUAUGACUAAAAUAGAGAUUAUAAACGUUAACUCAUGAAUACAGCACACACACACACGGUCCCUUCAUUCCAGAUGUUCAGCUGCACACACACUAAGGUCAGACCUCUACAUGUGCCGGGUGUGACGUGCACAUUGGACGUAUCAUCGUGUGUUUCUUUCUUUGUGUGUUUCUGUAAAGAACUGGAAGUUUCACCUGGAGGGAAACGUUUGAACUUCCUGUUGGUCUCCUGGUUUCAGUGAUCCGUAAUCCUCUCUGUGAUCGAUGUCGUGUUAGCAAACAGCUGUUUCAUGGUGUGCAGUAUUAAGACCACACAGCCUGACCCCGCUCUGUGACGGUCUGCAGGUCUAAACUGACCAUCAGAGCCGCUAAAGGUUCAUUCUGUGGAUUGAUUCUUAGACUGGAUCCUCCGCUCCACGCUGAGAUCCAGGAUCAGGACUUUUAAGGAAAAGGUCAACGCUUAGAGUAACAGUGACUCGCUUUCUCUCUGAGGCUGAGAUAAAGGACUAAUCUUCUUGUGUGCGUGCGUGCGUGCGUGCGUGCGUGCGUGCGUGCGUGCGUGCGUGCGUGCGUGCGUGCGUGCGUGCGUGCGUGCGUGCGUGCGUGCGUGCGUACGUGCGUACAUACGUGCGUGCGUGCAUCAGAAACAAAGACUGACUGUUUCGUGGCCUUAAGAAGUCUAAAUUUUCAGAGUCAAGACGUUGCACUUGAACGCACUACAGAGACCCCAGCUCAGAGACUGAGCUGUGAUUCAGCUCCACACCAACAGGGGGCAGCAGUCUUAUUGGAUCUUUAAAAAAGGGAAACCAGAGGAGUGAGUUUAUGAACCCGGUCUGCAGAUGGCUCUGCGUUCAGUUUCUCCUGCGCUAGCUUGAUAACACUCUCUGACGUUAGCAUGCAAACAGACACGAUGUUUACCUGAUGACCUUUAUUAACCUCUCAGAGAGAAAGCGUGUCGACUGAGGCGUUCAAACGCAGAGAGAGAUUAAACCUUUAAAGUUGAAAGCAUGCAGGCGUGAAGCCGUCUCUGUUCUUCGAUGGCGUUCUUCGUUAGCGUUCUCCUGAGUGUUUCAUGUUCAGCAUGCAGCAUCAGUGAUUACCUGUGACAGAUUUAACAGGCUGCUCACCUUUAACACGGGACUUCCACCAGAUCCGUGUAUGGUCUGUCUCCGAACGCCUGUGGUCCGGCUCCGUGCUCUCUCGUCCGUCAACACUCACUGGUUGCGUUUUCGGAACGCAGCACGGAGCUCCUCCCCUCCUCAUCCAUGUUGUCUUAUCAGCCUCUGAAAACCUCUGACCUGUUGUUUCCUGGCUCCGGUCGAAAUCACGUUUUUUCUUGUAAUGGUUAAGUUAAAACCGAUCUGGUGAUGACACAGAGUCUUUUAUUCUGAAAAUUAAACCAUUUUUUAUUUUGACUUGGUGCCUGACUUCCUGUCCCGCUCCAUCUGCUCUGUUGAGAUUGAUGCGUCGUGCUCCGGCAUCCGGCAAAAAUAGAAGUCUUGUGUAUCUGAUCCGGAGGACUCCAACCUGCUGGAUCAGAGACGAAGCCGGAACGCAACGGAGCGGAUCCAGUGGGGGUUAACACAUUGACUAGGAUAGAAACCUAUCAGAUCCAGUGACGUGACGGAUCGGAGUCGGACCGGAGACAGACCUGGUGGAAUUUGGCCUUAAGAGUCCACACCUGCAUAAAGAUCAGGAUCUUAAACCUGAACGCUCCUGAUUCUUCAGAUUAUCAGUGAGGGAGGACUCAACAUCGAAGCAUGGCAACGACCCCAGAGACAGAACAACUCUGAUCACACACACAGACGAGUGUGUGAUCACUGACACAAACACACACACACACACACAGUGAUCACACACUCCUCUGUCUGUGUGUGUCAGUGAUCACACACUCGUCUGCCUGUGUAAAUGGUAAAUGGUAAAUGGACUUGUACUUAUAUAGCACUUUUCUAGUCUUUCUGACCACUCAAAGCGCUUUUACAUACUACUCGUCACAUUCACCCAUUCAUACCCAUUCACUCACUGAUGGUAGAGGCUGCUUAAAUAAGUGAGGGACCAUCAGUGCUAGCUAAUCUCAUUCGUUCACACACCUCUGAACAACAGAGGGAGCAAUUCGGGGUUCAGUGUCUUGCUCAAGGACACUUCGGCAUGUGACUGCCGGAGCUGGGAUCGAACCGCCAAGUGAUCAGUGAUCACACACUCGUCUGUGUAACACGUUUAAAGUCUCUCUGCUUUGUUCCCAUCAGUCUGUUUUGAUCCUGGAUCUUCGCUCCUCUUCAGACAGCAGACGCUUUAUUUUGAAGGGUUCGUCACUGUGACAGGAACACGUGACCCUGGUGUUCAGAGUAUGAUGUGUAGCGAUCUAAUCCUCCUUUAGAGCCUUUAGUUUAGCAUGGAGUCCUGGUCUCUCCGGGUCCGGACAGGCUGAGUCCGGCCCGGGGGAGAGGACUCUCCUCAGUGGUGCUUCUUUUGUUUUCUUUACUUUGUGCAAUGUUAUUAAACGAUAGCGGGACGGUGCCACAGAGCAAACAGAUCCACCUGAGAAGUAAAAGAUGACAUGUUGAUGUCCUAAACCUGUUCCAGACCUCCACCUGAAGGCUGCCGGGUCAGAGUCUGUCAGCAGACCUGAACCUGCUCCAGACCUCCACCUGAAGGCUGUCGGGUCAGGGUCUGUCAGCAGACCUGAGCAGUGUGAGCUUACAGAACAUUAAAGAAGUUGAACACACAGCAUGUCGGAAUAAUAAAGUUUUUAAAAAGAAAGCUCACCUGUGCACAGGUGUGACCUCUGACCCUGGAUCAGCUGUCGUUGUAAAGUGCAGUUCAUUGUUCUCUGUGUUUGUAGCAUGUUCCAGAUGUCAUAUAACGAUCUACUGUACGUAUGAAACUUAACUCCUUUGGUAUUUGUUGUGGAAAUGAACAAUGUAUUUUUUCAUAAAUGAAAUAGUAUAUAUUGUUAUUGUUUUAGCAGAGACUUAUAAGUUGCCAAAUAUAUGAAGAAGUCUUUGGAGUAUAUUUUUGGGCACUUGUAAAGAUAUCGUGUUGUUAUAAACCCCGUCAGGAUGGACACGUUUGACUUGAUGCAAUAAAGAAGAAAUUAUGUUGAACAAUA